AUGAAGAAUCUAGCUACCAAGUGUGUUCAAGGUUACAAUGAAACUGAGAAGCUCAAGGCACUUGGGCGUCCGGGCAUUGACCCCAAGCUGGCUGCCAAAAAGAAGAAGUCUACUGUGGCCCCAUCUGAAGCAUCAAGGUGGGAAGAACCUCGCAUUGUCUUCCCUGCCAUCAUGACAGGCUCAAAACCUAAGCCACUCAUUCAAGCUCUAGGAGCUCUCCUCGACCCCCACGGCUGUUGUGCCCGCCGUCGGAAUCUUCUUAAAUUGCCCCACUAUCGAGCCCCUCCCUCCUCUUCUCCACCUCCAGAAGAACACCCUCACUCCGGCGAUACUCCCCUGAUAUCAGCUUGCCACCGGAGACCAUGUGGUCGCGACCCCAAGGAUCGGACGCCGCCGCCCAAGCUCUCUGCUCUGCAAGCCACUAUCGCUCUUUCUCUCCUCGUCGUCCCUGCUUCACCAUGGUGGGUACACGGCGUUCUUCUGAGCCCGCUGGUGGUCCGAGCUCCACCACUGGUGGCCGAAGCCGCCGGAGCCCCCGCUGUCCGCGCUCCUCUGUCCCGCCGUGGGCACUUGUGCCGCAGCCACUUUGGCCUUCCCAGGCGAGUGUCGAGCCCCUGGACGGGUGCAGUGCCCCACCCUGAGGCCGCUGGUGCCCUCGCCCCAGCAGGAGGUGGUCGGAGGCAGCGAGGCCAGCGCCGGCCGCGCCUCCGACUCGCUUCUCCCCUGUUCUGUCGGGAGAAUGGGAGGAAGAAGAAGAAGCCAGGCCAGGCGGGCCCCUCCUCCCUAGCGACCCCACUUGUGCCUCCAACGAGAGAAGGUUAUGCGUGGGCGCUACCCUGAUCAGGUAGGACGGCAUAAGCCUUGUGUGCCCGUUGUUGUUAUAUCCGGAUUGUCCCCGUUUGGGAUUGUUUUGCUUCGGUGGCCGAAGAUGCCCUUGGUAGGCAUGGGGCCACCCAUGACUUAGCCCUGAGAGGGAGUUGGUCGGAGUGGCCGGGAGAGUGUCAUGGUAGUAGAUCGGUUUUGUCG